AUGACGUUAGGAGGACUACCUCCUCUCGAUGACGUUACAUUCGAGCAGCUACCGACCUCUGAUGCUGCCAUGACCCGUGCAAGUGCCAACGAAAUUGUCACAGCGUUCGCCAGUCUCGACAUGGAAAAUGACGCCAACAAUAGCCAGUUGGACACUGCACGCGCUGCUGACUUUCAGUGUCGCUAUCGUCGGGGCAAGUGCUUUCACCUACGGACACUCAAGAAGAACGGGUCCAUGCAUAGCUACUGCGAGUACCAUCGCCAGCUCUCGGUACGCAAUCAACGCGUGUUCGACCAUAAAAAACGCCGCCACCAGCGCAAAUCAAGUGCGAUCCAAGACCCAACCGUGACAACCAGAACCUCGUCGCCCCUCGUGUCGGGACGGACCAAGCAACUCCAGAGCCCGUGA